AUACGAUGUACCUACGUUUUUCUACCUACCUUAUGUUUUGCUGAUGAUGUCGUGUAAUUAAUUGGUCCCGUGGUUGCCUGUUAAUAAUUCUCUCCCAACACGUUUCGCUCAUCUCAAGCAGUUUGCUCAACAGAACAACUAUUCGUACUUUCUUUCCUCUUCUGGUUCCUUCCUGCCUCCUGCCUCCUGCCUGCAAUGCAACAGCUCAUAUCUCCAGGCAUCUCCUCUGCGACGGCUACGGCGCCGUAUACGCAGAGGCCACCCAGUCCACCUCACAUCCACAUACCUCUCUAUACAUAUCGGGACAUGAUAUUCCUACCGUCAAACGCCAAUCUUGCGGCCCUAGGCCUCACGCAAGAUGACAUGUCCGUCAUAACGGACGGCUACACGCCUCAAAUGGCAGACAAUGAUCCCACCGUCUCCUGGUCAUAUGAAAGCCGCCGCAGCGCUCAGCGCAUUCUCGAUUGGCUCUACCUUGGACCGUCAUCCGCUGCCCGCGACCUCGAUUUUCUUAAGAAGGAGGAAAUCACCAUGGUCCUCGCCAUCCGCUACGCCGUCGACGGCUGCGCCCGCGCCAUGUCCUUCCUCAACGUAGGGUUCACGCCCGCGACGCGGGACCUCGGCAUCGCGGUCGAAUGCGUCGAAGUGAAGAGCGCCCACCACCUCGCCGCGGCGUUCCCUGCCAUCAUCCGCAAGAUCAACGACCACAUCCUCGCCUUCCACCGCCAGCCUGACAUGGGGCCUAUUGCACCCCCGGGCGGUGUCUCGGCGCGCCCCUCCCGCGGCCGGGUCCUCGUCGUCUGCGAGACGGGCAAUGAGCGCUCCGGAACGGUCGUGGCGGCCUAUCUCAUGGCCAUGUUCAACGUCGGGGUCGUCGAGGCGAUUUGCUUUCUCAACAUUCACCGCCUUUCCGCCUCCUUGACGGCGGAGCCGAAGCACUUGCUUACCGCUUGGGAGGAUAUCCUCAAGGCCGAGAGAGUGGUUUCUGCGUCGCAACUAGACAUCCAGCAGCGCGGUUCUUCCGGUACUGCUUCCGCUUCCGUCUCGCGGAAGCGGAGUAUCGGAGCUACCUUUGACGACGAUGAGGAUGUUGCUAUGCAGGAGAACCAGCUGGCGACGCAGGACGACCGCCAGAGAUUCGGUUGCAGAACUUUCACGCCUUUUGCCGACACUAGCGACGAUAACAUGGCCAUGAUGUGAAGGGCUUUUUGGCCCACUCGUCUGUAUUAAUGACUUUCCCCAAAAUGGGUUUACUAUGACCAUUAUGACGAAGGAGCAGGGCGUGAUUCGGAGUCGUCAAGGCAUUGCUUUUUUUGCUAUUAGCAAAGGUUUUCUUUUUCUUUUGUUCCUUUCUCUUUUGCUAGGAGUUGGACGGAUGGAAUAUGAUAGUCGGAUUCCGGUAUUGAAAACGAAUUAAUGCCUGAUAACGGACGGCUUGCGGUGAUACCCGACUUCGCUACAACAGCAUUGCACUGCAUCCUCUAGAGUAUCGUAUUUGGCUUUUUAGAAGGUAGCUGCCACGGGUAACCAUAAUCAU